AUGCCGGGGAAGCGGAGCUCGGGGGCCGGCGGCGACGGUGGCGGCAGCGAGCUCCCUGGGGCCAGCGCGCCGCGGCAGCGGAGGCGGCGAAGGAAGGUCUCCUGCUUCUCCAGCAUCCAGCUCUUCCUGGUGUCCGAGUGCGCACUGAUGCUGGCCCAGGGCACAGUGGGAGCCUACCUGGUGAGUGUUUUAACCACCUUGGAGCGGCGAUUCAACCUCCAGAGUGCUGACGUGGGCGUCAUCGCCAGCAGCUUUGAGAUUGGCAACCUGGCCCUCAUCCUCUUCGUGAGCUACUUCGGAGCCCGAGGACACCGACCACGCUUGAUAGGAUGUGGAGGGAUAGUCAUGGCCUUGGGUGCCCUCCUUUCUGCCUUGCCCGAAUUUCUGACCCACCAGUACGAAUAUGAAUCGGGAGAAAUACGCUGGGGAGCCGAGGGGAGGGACGUGUGUGCUGCCAACGGGUCUGCCAGCGAUGAGGGACCAGACCCUGACCUUAUCUGCAGGAACAGGACUGCAACCAACAUGAUGUACUUGCUGCUCAUUGGAGCACAGGUCCUCCUGGGCAUUGGUGCUACCCCUGUCCAGCCCCUGGGAGUUUCCUACAUCGAUGACCAUGUGAGGCGGAAAGAUUCCUCCUUGUACAUAGGGAUCCUGUUUACGAUGUUGGUAUUUGGACCAGCCUGUGGAUUUAUCUUGGGCUCCUUUUGUACCAAAAUCUAUGUGGAUGCUGUCUUCAUUGACACAAGCAAGCUGGACAUCACGCCGGACGACCCGCGGUGGAUCGGUGCGUGGUGGGGAGGCUUCCUGCUCUGCGGUGCCUUACUCUUCUUCUCGUCCCUGCCCAUGUUCGGCUUCCCGCAGGCGCUGCCGCCGCGGCCGGAGCGCACCGGGGAGAGCGAGCAGGCCAUGCUCCCCGACAGGGACUGCGACAGGCACAAGCCCAGCAACGGGGUCCUGCGGCACCCCCUGGACGGCGAGAGCAGCACCACCUGCUUCCAGCAGCUGCGAGUGAUCCCCAAAGUAACUAAGCACUUGCUCUCCAAUCCUGUCUUCACCUGCAUCAUCCUGGCAGCCUGCAUGGAGAUUGCAGUGGUUGCUGGCUUUGCUGCCUUCCUGGGAAAGUACCUGGAGCAGCAGUUCAACCUCACCACCUCAUCUGCUAACCAGCUCCUGGGGAUGACAGCAAUCCCAUGUGCAUGUCUGGGCAUAUUCCUGGGUGGCCUCUUGGUGAAGAAGCUCAGCCUGUCUGCUCUGGGAGCCAUCAGGAUGGCCAUGCUGGUGAACCUGGUGUCCACAGCUUGCUACGUGUCUUUCCUGUUCCUGGGCUGUGACACAGGACCUGUGGCAGGGGUUACUGUUCCCUAUGGAAACAACUCAACUCCAACCUCAUCUCUGGACCCAUAUUCCCCCUGCAAUAGCAACUGUGAAUGCCAAACUGAUUCCUUCACUCCAGUCUGUGGGGCAGACGGGGUCACAUACUUAUCUGCCUGCUUUGCUGGCUGCAGCAGCACGAACCUGAGCGGCUGCUCGUGCCUCACCUCGCUCCCCGCCGAGAACGCCACCGUUGUUCCCGGCAAGUGCCCUAGCCCCGGCUGCGAAGAGGCCUUCCUGACAUUCCUCUGUGUGAUGUGUGUCUGCAGCAUGAUCGGGGCCAUGGCGCAGACACCCUCUGUCAUCAUACUCAUCAGAACCGUGAGCCCUGAACUCAAGUCGUACGCUCUGGGGGUGCUUUUCCUGCUUCUCCGUUUGCUAGGUUUUAUCCCACCUCCGCUGAUCUUCGGGGCCGGGAUCGACUCCACCUGCCUGUUCUGGAGCACGUUCUGUGGGGAGCAAGGAGCCUGCGUGCUCUACGACAACGUGGUCUACAGAUACCUGUACGUCAGCAUCGCCAUCGCCCUCAAGUCCUUCGCCUUCAUCCUGUACACCACCACCUGGCAGUGCUUGAGGAAGAACUAUAAAAGAUACAUCAAGAACCACGAAGGUGGUCUCAGCACUAGUGAGUUUUUUGCCUCUACUCUCACCCUAGACAAUCUGGGGCGGGACUCGGUGCCCCAAAACCAAUCACAUAGGACAAAAUUUAUCUAUAACCUGGAAGAUCACGAGUGGUGUGAAAAUAUGGAGUCUGUUUUAUAG